AUGUGACGUGUACACAACUCCGGACAUAGAAACGACACAAAAACAAAACAGCAACAAGCCAAACAUUUCCUAGAUCAAGUUUUACUUUCUACUUUGUAUAUAAUUCAACAGAUCUAAUCUAGAUCUAGUCACAACACAAAAAGACAGUCCAGUGAGGAAAGAAAGAAGUCGCCCUAGAACUGACCAAUUAAGUUCCUGCGCCUGUAAUAGUCCUCUUGUUUGGAGACAGAAAUGAGAGAGAUAGUACAUUUUCAGGUUGGACAAGGUGGUAAUCAAAUUGGUGGCAAGUUUUGGGAGGUGGUAUCGGACGAACAUGGCAUUGACCCGACGGGGACCUACCAUGGAGACAGUGACCUACAGCUGGAAAGAAUCAACGUGUACUACAACGAGGCUACUGGGGGGAAGUACGUACCCAGGGGUAUACUAGUGGACUUGGAGCCAGGCACAAUGGACAGCAUUCGAUCUGGACCGUUUGGUCAAAUCCACAGACCGGACAACUUUAUCUUUGGUCAGUCAGGGGCAGGGAACAACUGGGCUAAAGGACAUUAUACUGAAGGGGCGGAGCUUGUUGACUCUGUCCUUGACGUGGCACGAAAGGAGGCGGAGUCUUGCGACUGCUUACAAGGCUUCCAGCUGGCUCACUCCUUGGGUGGAGGCAGUGGAUCGGGUCUCGGCACUCUGGUCAUAAGUAAGGUCAGAGAAGAAUAUCCAGACAGAAUUAUGACCACAUACUCUAUAGUACCAUCCCCAAAGGUAUCGGACGUUGUAGUCGAGCCUUACAAUGCGACACUAUCGAUACAUCAACUGGUAGAGAACACAGAUAUGACCUACGUCAUUGACAAUGAAGCACUUUACGACAUUUGCUUUAGGACCCUCAAGCUGACCACCCCCACAUACGGUGACCUAAACCAUCUGAUCUCAGCUGCCAUGUCUGGCAUCACCACUUGCCUCCGAUUUCCUGGUCAGUUGAACUGCGACCUGCGAAAGAUGUGUGUCAACAUGGUACCCUUCCCGAGGCUGCAUUUUUUCAUCCCCGGUUUUGCCCCCUUGACAUCCCGUGGUUCUCAGCAGUAUCGCGCCAUCACUGUACCCGAGCUGACCCAGCAAAUGUUUGACGCCAAGAAUAUGAUGGCAGCCUGUGACCCACGACAUGGACGAUAUCUGACAGUUGCCUGUAUGUUUAGGGGAAGAAUGAGCACUAAAGAAGUGGACGAGCAAAUGCUGAAUGUCCAAAACAAAAACUCUUCCUAUUUCGUCGAAUGGAUUCCAAACAACGUCAAAACAGCAAUGUGCGACAUACCGCCCAGAGGGCUCAAGAUGUCAGCCACGUUUGUCGGCAACACGACUGCCAUUCAGGAAUUGUUCAAACGCAUCUCUGAACAGUUUACUGCCAUGUUUAGGAGGAAGGCGUUUCUUCACUGGUAUACUGGAGAGGGCAUGGACGAGAUGGAGUUUACAGAGGCGGAGUCCAACAUGAAUGACCUGGUGUCCGAGUUUCAGCAAUACCAAGACGCCACUGCAGAAGAAGAAGGAGAGUUUGAGGAGGAAGAGGAAGAAGGCGAGGCAGCUUAACAUUUUACUGACAGACAAACUGACAGACUGACUGACUGUUCUUUUAUUUUUAGAUUGCAAUGCUCUUGUUAUCUACUGUGUAGACCUCAGAGUAACAAAGUGCAGUGCAUAGAAAAUGUGGACUACAGCAACAAAUCAAAAGUUCUUAAUUUUUAAUUUGUGAAAGUGUAGAUCUAGAUUUCUUCGAGCGUAGUAAUUCUCAUUUUAGGCGUAGCUUUUUUUUUACGCCAAAGACUGAAAAGACGACGGACAUUUAUACAAAUAUAACAUGACUGUAAAGAUAUAUCAUUUGAUUUUAUUCCAUUGAUAGCUUUGUUUUUAGAUGAAUACCUGACUAUACGGCAUUUUAAUGAUGCAAUUUGAUUGACUUUCUAUUUACAGUUAUGUAUACUUCAUUAUUUCUACUUAUUAUAUGUUUACAUUUGUAGCGUUUUACUGAAAAGUAUAUUACCCAAUGACUUGAAUAUAAUAUAAUAUAUAAUAAACAA